CACCCAUUUGUUAAUUGCCAGGUUUAGUGGGUGUGUUUAAGUAGCAAAACGACCAAGCUAAGCUUGACUCUGGCUCUUCAGGACAGGAGCUGUACACUCCUGUUUUAAAGCCUCUAAAAGCUCCCUCACAGAAAGUUCUUACAGGAAAUGAUUAUGAACGCACUGCUUGAUGUCUGAGAUUAGGGUGGGUGAAAGAUAGUGAUUUGUGAGGUUUUUACAACACAAAGCCAAUGUCAACGAGUCUAGUUUUUUUAAAUCCAUGAAACAAAACAGUUAACCAAAAGUGGACUUUCUUAGCACAGUGCCAACAAGAGCCAAACUGGUGCGCAGGGUUGAGAGGGUGGGUUUCUGAAGCCUUGCCUUGGUUCCUGUAGUGAGAUGAUCCGAGGUCAACUGAUUUGGAUGUUCAGGGGUUGACCAUGGAGGACUCUGUUGAAGUCAUUCUUCAGGAUAAUAGGUCCAGAUUCUCUCAUCACUCUCCAGACAAGCCAAUCCUCACGGCUGCCUCAGGAGCUUUGCUAAUGAGCUUUUAUGGGCUUUGGAGUAUUUUCGCACUCCCUGGCUUUCGGAAAGUGCCAAUAAAUUUGAAGGUGCCAUACUUGCCCUCGAGUGGCGCGCAGACCCAGAACGUCAUGCGGCUCCUGCAGGGGAGAACGGGCUCUCUGGCUGACCUGGGCUCUGGAGAUGGAAGACUGGUGUUUGCUGCCUCAUCACUGGGCUUCCAGUGUACUGGGUUUGAAAUAAACUCCAUUCUGACAGGCUACGCCAGAAUUAAAGCACGAUGGAUGGGAAUUCCAACGACAACAGCAAGAUUUGUCAACGAGGACUUUUGGAAGAUGGAGGUACUGGGAAGGAAAUUGGAGGAGGAGUUAGGAGAUGAUGCCCGUGUAAUCGCCUGUCGUUUCCCAUUUCCUGACUGGGCUGCUACAGCAUCUGAAGGGCAGGGACUGGACCAGUCCUGGGCCUAUGACAUGGCCCAUGUGUGCCAACCCUCAACAGAAGCUCCUCAAAUCUCAAAUCUUUAAGUAUUUCCUCACUGCCAAAUUUAUGUUUAUGAACUCACAAGGGCAGAAUUGCUUCAACCUGCAGUAAAAUAUUGACUGUGGCUUUACCAAAAGCAGUGCCAUUAUUACAUCAAACUGUAAGAUAUAAAACAAUAAAGCACUGAGCUGCUGUUUUAUGAUUAUUCACACCUGUAAUGGAUAAAUAAUGUGAAAUGUGGAAGUUGUAGAGUUCAUGAGUCAGAAUCAAAACCUAACUGUGAAACAGUCAGCCAAAGUGUAAAAUAAAAAGCCAUAUUUUUACUGUGUGAUCUGUAUGAGCUGUAACCAGGUGGCCAGCAUGAGCUCAUCCAUUUUCAUGAACCAUGUUUAAUAAAUACUACAGUGAUA